AUAGAAAUCCAGAGAACGGAAGAAGACUCCAGAAAAAGAAUACUUGAAGAUUGCUAUAAAAACCGCUCCUGUCUCUCUCUAUCUCUUCAAGCAGGCAUCAUAAUUCUCUCUCUAAAGCAAUCUACGCAAACUCCUAAUCAAUCUACGUUUUCUCUCUUCUCUCCAUCUCUUCUAUUCGAAUAAUUUCUAGGUUUUUUUGUUGAGGUGCGUCAAUGGCGGACAUAACAAUGGGCGAAACAGAGACUUUCGCAUUUCAGGCUGAAAUUAAUCAGCUUUUGAGUCUCAUCAUCAAUACUUUCUACUCUAACAAAGAAAUCUUUCUUCGUGAAAUAAUUUCUAACUCUUCUGAUGCAUUGGAUAAGAUUAGAUUCGAGAGUUUGACGGAUAAGAGUAAGUUGGAUGCUCAACCAGAAUUGUUCAUCAGACUUGUUCCUGAUAAGGCGAACAAGACACUGUCGAUUAUUGACAGUGGUAUUGGUAUGACUAAAGCAGACUUGGUGAACAACUUGGGUACAAUUGCUCGAUCUGGAACCAAGGAAUUCAUGGAGGCAUUACAGGCUGGUGCAGAUGUUAGCAUGAUUGGACAAUUUGGUGUUGGUUUCUACUCAGCUUACUUGGUUGCUGAGAAGGUUAUUGUGACUACCAAACACAAUGAUGACGAGCAAUACGUCUGGGAGUCUCAAGCUGGUGGUUCUUUCACUGUCACAAGAGAUACCAGCGGUGAGCAGCUCGGAAGGGGUACCAAAAUCACUCUCUUUUUGAAGGAAGAUCAGUUGGAAUACUUGGAAGAGAGAAGAAUCAAGGAUCUUGUUAAGAAACACUCUGAAUUCAUCAGCUACCCAAUUUACCUCUGGACCGAGAAAACUACUGAGAAGGAGAUCAGUGAUGAUGAGGACGAUGAACCAAAGAAGGAAGAAGAGGGUGAUGUUGAGGAUCUUGAUGACGACAAGGAAAAAGACAAGAAAAAUAAGAAGAAAAUCAAGGAGGUCUCUCAUGAAUGGCAGCUCAUUAACAAACAGAAACCCAUCUGGCUACGAAAACCCGAGGAGAUUACCAAGGAAGAAUAUGCUUCCUUCUACAAGAGCUUGACUAAUGACUGGGAAGAUCAUCUUGCUGUCAAGCACUUCUCUGUGGAGGGACAGCUUGAGUUUAAGGCUAUCCUUUUUGUUCCAAGGAGAGCUCCAUUUGAUCUGUUUGACACCCGCAAGAAACCCAACAACAUUAAGUUAUAUGUCCGGAGGGUUUUCAUUAUGGACAAUUGCGAGGAGCUCAUCCCCGAGUACCUUAGUUUUGUUAAGGGUGUUGUUGAUUCAGAUGAUCUUCCGCUCAAUAUCUCCCGUGAGAUGCUGCAGCAAAACAAGAUUCUGAAGGUGAUAAGAAAGAAUCUGGUGAAGAAAUGUAUUGAGAUGUUCAAUGAAAUUGCGGAGAACAAAGAUGAUUAUAACAAGUUCUAUGAAGCCUUUUCCAAGAACAUCAAGUUGGGUAUUCAUGAAGACAGCCAAAACCGAGCUAAAUUGGCCGAUCUUCUUCGAUACCACUCGACCAAGAGUGGUGAGGAUCUUACAAGUCUCAAAGACUAUGUUACAAGAAUGAAGGAAGGACAGAAGGAUAUCUACUAUAUCACAGGUGAAAGCAAGAAGGCUGUCGAAAAUUCACCUUUCUUGGAGAGGCUUAAAAAGAAGGGUUAUGAAGUAUUGUUCAUGGUUGAUGCAAUUGAUGAGUAUGCCGUUGGUCAGUUGAAGGAAUACGAAGGGAAAAAACUUGUUUCGGCUACAAAGGAAGGAUUAAAGCUCGAUGAUGAAACCGAAGAAGAAAAACAAAAGAAAGAAGAAAAGAAGAAAUCAUUUGAGAAUCUCUGCAAGGUGAUCAAGGACAUAUUGGGUGACAAAGUUGAGAAAGUUGUAGUUUCUGACAGAAUUGUUGAUUCACCUUGCUGUUUGGUAACUGGAGAGUAUGGUUGGUCAGCAAAUAUGGAAAGAAUUAUGAAGGCUCAAGCAUUGAGAGACAGUAGCAUGGGAGCUUACAUGUCUAGCAAGAAGACUAUGGAAAUUAAUCCUGACAACGGAAUUAUGGAGGAACUUAGGAAGCGAGCCGAGGCUGAUAAGAACGACAAAUCGGUGAAAGAUCUUGUGUUGCUGCUGUUUGAGACGGCACUGUUAACUUCCGGUUUCAGUCUUGAGGACCCGAACACCUUCGCAGCUAGGAUUCACAGGAUGUUGAAACUUGGGUUGAGCAUCGACGAGGAAGAGGCAGGUGAGGAUGCAGAUAUGCCCGCUCUUGAAGAAGAUGCUGCAGAGGAGAGCAAGAUGGAGGAAGUUGAUUAAGGCUGCUUAACAGAAGGACAAGUAAAUAUUACUACAACUACUGAUUGAAAAUCAAAUUCAUUUGGUUGUAUAAGUAAAAAAUCAUGUUUACUUGAGGCGUGUGUGUUAGUCUAGUGGUCUGUAACUGUCCUCUAGUAUCUCAUGUCAUGGCUCUCUUGUUUUUUUUUUUUUUUUUUUUUUUUUUUUUUU